ACAGGGAAUCCACAAACAGUUUGGGAACUAACAGUAAAUGACGCGCAGGGCCCGUGCAUGUGCGCUAACCUGGCUAUGGGAAGAGGUUUGGAGACAGAAGGGGGCAACAAUGGAAAAGCUGUGUUUGUGAACAGGUUGGGGAAAGUUUUGGGCCAAAAAAAAAAAAAAAAAAAGUUGUAGCGCUUUUCCUCCUUGCGCGGAUGCGGUUUCGGGAAUCAACAACAUGCUGCGGGGGGAAGUGGACCACAACUCCAAAAGGUGCUCGGAUCUGUAAUGUCCGUGGAGGUAAAAUGUGUGCGUGAAUUUCUAACAAACAAAGACAUGAACAAUGGCAGGAAGAGAAGGGAAGAAUGCGGCUGUGUACCGCAGCGUCUCUUUCAAAAAGUUGGGGUCCUGGGGCGCCAACAGGAGUGAAGACCAGCAACACAAAUCAGAGGAUUUGGAGGCAGCUGGCGUCGCCCUUCCCCUGCAGCCCAGCGGAGCAGAACAACCCGUGGCGACGCGUAAUGUCAGUGUGUCAAGAAAAGUUUCCAAAAUCUCUGCCACCGCCGCCGGCCUCCCGACCGCAGAUUCAAAGAGAGGCUCCUCCGCUCCUCUCUCCUCUAUUUCUCCAUCCAUCCGCCAGCUCACUGAGAAGUUCAGCAGCAGCAGCAGCAGCGGCACGCACGGAGCCUCGCCGGGAGACGGCGCAGCAGUGACGCGGGGGAGCAGCACUCUUCCCCGGGCCAGGGGCUCCAGGAGAGACGGGUCUCCGUCGCUCCGCAAAUCUUUUCACGAGGACGGCGGUGGUGGAUGUUUCCAGGAUAGCGAUAGCAACGCUGCAGAGUCUCUCACAGACAACAAACUGCAGAAGUUUCACUCUGGCACGGACUCUGUGUCAGGCUCGGACGCGGAGGAGACAAGCGAGAAGCGGAUUUUUACACGUUUAUCAACCGACAUCUGCAGCAACUCUGGUAAGAGAGAUUAUUCACAGAUCAAUGCAUGUCCCUCUGAUCCCAGAAAGACUUUGACUACAGAUGAGGAAGAGGAUGUUACAAGUAGAGGGGUUCCUCCACCCUGUAAAUCUCACAGAAGUUAUCUCUCUGCACACCACAGUGACUUUAUCCCCCUGCACUCUGACAAGUGGCCCAGUGUCACCAAAAUUAGACGCAUUUUUGAUGAGAGACAAAUCAAAGUUACGCAGCAGCACAAGACUGACACUUGUGAGAAUUUAAAGGUAGCCGGCCGAGGCCAUCUACACGAGCUCAGCCCUAGCGAGAGUGCUCCUCUCUCGGAUAGGAGUGACAAACUCUCACCUUGCAGCUCCGCUAACGAAGCCAGUAGCCUGUCUUUGCAUGGCAAAGUGGGACUGCAGAGCAGAGAAGGCAGUGCUGCUAAAGAGACUUCUUGUUACGGUAUGGACUUUUAUUCCAAAGCUGACCACCAGCUGUACUCAAAUGAUGAGGAUGCAGAAAUAGAGACACAUAGUUCUAAUAACUACAAAGUUUCUGGCAGAAAUACUUUUCAGAGCAGCAGCAGCGGUUGCACUGGGGGUAGUCGCCACCAUAGGAUUAACCCAUCUCCAUACAGAUCUCAUAGUCGCAGCACUGAGGCAGAGGCUGCCCAUAAGACCCCCAGGACGACAGGAUUGACAUCUGACCCCAGCUCUGACCUUCAACCCCCUGCUACUUCGUCUUGGAGUCGAUCGAAGAGCACAGACACCUCCUCCUGCUCCUCCUCUCUUCAGCAGUCAACAGUGAGGGAGAAAAGGGAUAGACAGGGGGUCGGGCUGCCCAGGGAUAGUUUACAUUCCUCACAUAGCUCCUCUAGAGCACCAGCCCCCACCUCCUCCCCCCCCUCCUCUGCUCCAGCUCCAGAUAAAGCCAUUACCUCCUCCUCCUCCUCGCCUGUAGCUCCCUCCACUGAGCUAAGAGCCCCAGCGAGAGUUGCCUCUCCCCUCAGCUCCCGCUGGAGGUUCAGCUCUGGAGACGAAGAGGAGGAGCAAACCAGGAGAAGAAGAGGAGGUGCAGGAGGCAGUUGGAGUGUUCCUUCCGGCCUUGCUCCUUCCAUCUCCCACAGAGCGGGAGAAAGGGCCACCACAGAGCGAGGAGGCAGCUAUUUAUCCCGCAGUAAAAAUGGCUGGUGGGGUGCCAAGGGGAUUGGCAGGUCUUCAGGCAGUGAAGAGGACAGCCCUGGUUCUUUAGGCCCCCACAGUCGAGAGGCAGUGCGCCGCCGCUCGCUGAGAAAGAAGAAGAAGGUCAGUGGAGCUGCUCUAGCAACAGGCCGUGAUGAUUAUGAUGAUCAUGAUGGCGAAUCAGAAGACAGCGACAGUGACACAGCCUUGACAAUGGAGCACUUAGAGAGGCACCACCAGCAAAACACAGGAGGGGAGUUUGUGGGAACAACAUCUCGCAUCCACUCGGCAAGAGACGCCAGCAGUCAUAGCCAUAGAGCCAGGGUGCAGCAAUGGGAGCGCAUCUCAUCAUCUGUGACGUCCACAGCUCUUCCUGGUGUAUCACGGGUGUCAAAGGUCAAUAUCCCCCCAUUUGUUUCCAGUCCUGGUGAUUCACGCUGCAGCAGCCGAUACUCCAGCACUGAGACGCUGAAGGAGGAGGACCAGGCUAGCUGCACCUACCGUGCAGCAAAUAGCAGAACUGCAUCCUCGUCCAUGCUGAGUAAAACUUACCAUGGUAAUUUCACCAUGUACCGCUCCCCAAGCUUUGGCCAUGGGGAUAACUUCUCCCGUACCCCUUUGCGGGUGCGCCCCAAGAUUGUGCCUACAGUCACCCCCUUACCUAGCGUACUUGCCAGAGAUGGUGGAGUAUCCACAGGGGGUAGGGGUAAUGAGACAACGGCAAAGAGGACAACAGAUGGGGAUGGGGUAGAUGGUAAUAAUAAAAGCCGAAUAUCCAUGUCCAACCCUGAUAUCACCUCAGAAACGAUGUCGCUCUUAAGCUUUCUGAAAUCUGACCUGUCAGAGCUGAAGGUGCGUAAAACAUCUGGAGACAAAUCCGGGGUUGUGGAAGGGUCAUCAGUGUACAGGAUGGGCUCACGGACUCACGGAGGGACGCUUCUGCCUUCUGGUCGUCGCCCAUCACUGAAAGACCUGACUGCCACCCUGCGGCGUGCAAAGUCCUUCACUUAUUCAGACAAACCCACAGCAGCUGUGAGGUGUUACCUGACUAGUAGCACCACAAAGAGGAGCUCUUCUGAGCAGCAGCUUGACUUAGAUGGAGAGAGGGAUGGAGGCAGUGUGUCAGUGUCAGACAGGGAAGUAGAAAGUGAUGGGGGUGAUUUUAGGGUUGGGAGAGGACAAAGAAUGAGGGGUUAUGUAUUUGAUGAUGACGAUGAUGAAGAAGUGAUACCUCCAUUGCAGGAGAGAUAUGUGCAGGAAGCCAGGCAGGUCAUUCAGGAUAUCUGCCAGAUGAGUACUAGGGAAGACGACGACGAUGAUGAUGAUGCAGAUGUAAGGAGAACUGAUGAUAGUUUGGGGGAUGAGUGUUUCCAGGUCAAGAAAACAAAAGAGGAGAAGGAAAAAGCAGCAGUGAGUGUGAAGGAUGAGACGAGGACGGAUCAAGAGGCUGAGUUUAAGAACACAAACGAUAGGGAUAAACAUGAGAGGGAGAGAGAGAACAGGGAGACGGAGAGGGAUGGACAAAGUAUGCACUCUGAGAAGUUAAACAGCAGGGGCACAGAGUACAGAGAGAAGGCAAAGAGGCAGAGCAGAGAGACGGAGAGAGCCUUACUGAAGGGCGACUCGGAGGAAAGCAUGUUCUGCGACCGCUCUGUGGAUGAACUCUCAGGCCAUGAGUCUAGUUUAACAGAUGAAGGGAUUGUAACAGAGCCAGAGAUGGGCCCCAGCGACCCCUCCGAGAGGUCAUUCCUGAGGUCGGCAGGGGUUAAUUUAGGGUCACGAAUUGCUAGAGAUGUGCUAGGGCAGCCUGUUACCAUGUGGAAACAGUCAGCCCUCCAUGAAGUGGAAGGGUUUAAGCAGGAGGGAGAAGGGACGGCGGAGAGCGUGAAUUGUACAAAUCGUCUGAAUGAAGUCAGCGGGCCUCCCUCCUUGCCUCGCCCUGCCCGCAUGGCUGAGAGCGACAGCAUCAUCAUGGAGCUGAGCACGGCUGGUAUCGGCAAUGUCAACAGUACCAGUGAAGAGAUCAACACCAACAGCGCUGUGUCGCAGAGGUCAGCAGGCACCGCAGGAGGAGGAAUUGAGGGCCCUGUGACCCCAAGUGCUCUCCGUCGAAGGCGCAAGUUCUCCCCUUCUGGCAGUAACAACACAGGCUCUGAUUCCAGUAAUGGCAGUAAUGCAGAGUCAACAAUAACUGCUGUUGGAAAUGGGGAGUCUACAGUCUACCGCUCUCUCAGUGACCCCAUGCCUCAGCGGCGCUGUUCUGUGGCCGAAGAAGGGAGUAACAAUUUUUCCUCUGUAGACAGCAACCUGUUAGGAUCUCUAUCUGUCAAAGGAGGAGGAGGUGUUCCAGAGGCCUCUGCUGUGGCCACCUUGUCUGAAUACAAGGGCAGUGUAGCCAGUGACUUGUCAGUGUACAGCGAUGGCGGCCUCCGUGAUGAUGCCGUUCAUGACUACAGUGGGGUGAUCAGGAGCAUCGUAGCUGAGCCGGGUGCAAUGGACAGACUGAUGACCGAUGACCAUGGCAAUGGCAAAGUUCCCAAGAAGAAGUCAUUCAGUGACCCCAGUCGUCGUAGCGAUGCCCCUUUACUUUCCCAGACUGACCCUCAGUUCAAAAGUCAGACUGGCAGCACUCAGCCAAUCAGUGAACUAGAUCAACCUGGCCAGAUCCCACCUUCUAGCAGUGAGCCAAUCCUGAGUGAGCAGAGAGAGGAACUGUGGGAGCCCGAAGUUAAACCUAAACAUGCAUUGCCAACACAGCCGCAUCACCAUGCAGACACCAGUAAUAAGGUCAAGAAGACUCGCUCCCAGUCAGAGUGCACCCCCCCCUCUGAUAACCGUGAUUAUGAUGAUGAUGAUGUUAUCGACCAAGAUGGAGAUGAGAAUGAGGUGCAGAAGUUUAACUUUGACCUCAAGCUAGCUGGGGUUCUGUCCCCUAGAAUGGUUCGCCGGCCCUGCAGAAAGCGUCCAAACAGGCUGGCUCAGUUCUUCCCUCAUGAGGACCCAUUUGAGCCACCAGAACCUGGUUCAGAGGUGCAAGAGGAUCACAGCAACCAACCCGACCACACCCCUCCUCUCCCCCCACUGCAAUCCAAACCUAAAACCAGACCUAAGCAUGUCCGCCAUGCCAGCGAACCCGCCACCUUUAUCCCAAUCUCCCCACCUCCACACCUCCAGCCACUGAAAGAAGCGGACUGCCUCGCCAUCCGACCUAAAGCAGAGCCUCCAACCUUAACUAAGCCUCAAGGAGAUGAGGCCCCAUCUCUGGAGGAUGUGACCCAGAAAUAUAUUCUGGGCACUGCUGAGAAGGAUACUGAGGGCCCAGGGCCUCUUCCAGCGGCCAGGGAUGGAGCUUCAAUGCCGGCUUCAGAGGGGCCCAAUGAGACCAGCACCAGUGGAAUUACAGAAGCUGGACCACAGAAGAAGAGCACAGAGGACACUGUGUCCACCGCAACCCCACAGAGGACCAAGCCCAGAGUGGACAUGAGGAAACAUGUGAUGAUGACCCUCUUGGACACAGAGCAGUCAUAUGUGGAGUCACUACGCUCUCUCAUUCAGGGCUACAUGCGUCCUCUCAAACAGCCGGACAGCGGCUCCAUAGUGGACCCUCUGCUGGUGGAUGAGAUGUUUUAUCAGAUCCCAGAGAUCCUGGAGCACCACGAGCACUUCCUGGAGCAAGUCGCAGGCUGCGUCAGCCAAUGGCACGACAGGCAGACCGUUGGACACAUCCUUAUUCAAUCGUUCUCCAAAGAGACCCUAGCUAAUAUGUAUUCGGCGUACAUUGACAACUUUCUCAACGCCAAAGAUGCUGUGAGGAUUGCCAAGGAGGCCAAGCCGGCGUUUCACAAGUUUCUGGAGCAAAACAUGCGUGAGAACAAGGAGAAACAGGCUCUGGGGGAUCUGAUGAUUAAACCAGUCCAGAGGAUUCCUCGAUACGAGCUGCUGGUUAAGGAUCUGCUCAAGCACACGCCAGAGGAUCACCCGGACCACCCGUACCUGCUGGACGCCCAGAGGGACAUCAAGCGGCUGGCCGAGAAGAUCAACAAGGGCCGCCGCUCGGCCGAGGAGGCAGAGAGGGAGGCCAGAGUCAUCCAGGAGAUCGAGGCGCACAUAGAGGGCGUUGAACACAUUCUGAACCCCCAGAGGAAGUUCCUGAGACAGGAAAUGGUCAUGGAGGCGAAGACAGUGGGUGGGAAGAAAGACCGCUCUCUCUUCCUCUUCAGUGAUCUGAUCAUCUGCACCACUCUCAAGAGGAAGUCUGGCUCAUUAAGACGCAGCUCCAUGAGCCUAUACUCCGCUGCCAGUGUGAUCGACACCUCCAGUAAAUACAAGUUCCUGUGGAAGCUUCCGCUGGAGGACGUGGAGGUGGUGAAAAGCUCCACUCAGGCAACAAACAAGGAGAGCAUCCAGAAAAUGAUUAGUCGAUUAGACGAGGAUCUCAGCACUCUGGGUCAGAUCAGCAAACUGUCCGAGACCCUCAGCUUCCCACACCAGUCCCUGGACGAGGUAAUCAAGGAUCUGAUGGCAUCAGUGCACAGGGAGCUGUCAGAGAAGCAGUCUCUGGCUUUCAGCAUGACCUUCCUGCCCACGAAGCUGGAGUUCACCACAGCCUCCGCCGAGAGCAGCUUCGUCUUCGAGUUCACGUCGCCCGAUACUCGGUCCAACUUCGAACAGGCCUUUGAAGAAGCCAAAAAGAAGCUUGCAAUGAAUAAGGACCAGUGGGACCCAGAGUUUCUGAAGGCCAUUCCUAUAAUGAAGACACGUAGUGGAAUGCAGUUUUCGUGUGCCUCUCCCAGCCACAGCUGCCCCGACAGCGGCUGUGAGGUGUGGGUGUGUAACAGUGAUGGAUACGUAGGACAGGUGUGUCUGUUGAACAUCAAAGAUGAGCCCACGGUGGAGGCCUGCAUCGCUGUCUGCUCAGCCAGGAUCAUAUGUAUUGCUGCGGUGCCGGGACUCAAGGGAAGGGAGCGCGGAUCAGAGCCCACCCUCGCCCCUGCCUCCGGAGCACCCGGUCACACCCAGCAGCAGCUCCAUAUAUCUAUCUCUCAUUCAUCCCUGGAGCUGACGGAGCAACCUACAGGACCAGGGGCGGAGCUUGUUCCAUUUGACAGUGAUGACACCGAUGACGAGGACUCACCCAGCCCUUCAUCCACUCUGCAGAGUCAGGCCAGUCACUCCACCAUAUCAUCCAGCUAUGGCAAUGACGAGGCUCCAGGCUCCAAGGACAUGGCUGCAGAGACCACCAGCAGUGAGGAGGAGCAGGAGUUCCCGGUGGCCAGCUCCUACGGAGCUCCAGGCAUGUUGGGCGUAGGCGGAGGAGGCCGUGCCCACACAGAGAGCCCCAUGGAUGGCCGCGCCAUGCGCCGCUCCUCCCGGGGCUCGUUCACCAGGGCAAGCCUGGAGGACCUGCUCAGCAUCGACCCGGAGGCCUACCAGAGCUCAGUGUGGCUGGGCACCGAGGAUGGAUGCAUCCACGUGUACCAGUCCUCAGACAACAUCCGAAACCGCAAGAACAGCAUGAAGAUGCAACACUCAGCUUCCAUCCUCUGUGUACUGUAUUUGGACAACAAAGUGUUUGUGUCUUUGGCCAAUGGAGAGGUGAUUGUCUAUCAGAGAGAAGCAGGUAGUUUCUGGGACCCUCAGUCCUCACAGACGUUAGUUCUGGGCACGCCCAGUAGCCCUGUCACCAAAAUGGUUCCUGUGGGAGGAAAGCUAUGGUGCGGCUCACAAAACAGAGUCCUUAUUAUCAACACGACGACACUGGUACAAGAGCACUGGUUCCAGGUGGGCACAGACAGCAGUCGGUGCGUGACUUGCAUGGUGGCGUACGGUCAGGGCGUGUGGUUGGCGCUGCAGGGCAGUGCGCAGGUCAGGCUGUACCACGCUCAGAGCUGGGAGAGCCUGACAGAGGUGGACGUGGCGCCUGCUGUGCAUAAGAUGCUUGCAGGCGCAGACGCCAUCAUCAGACAGCACAAGGCUGCCUGUCUGAGAAUCACUGCGUUGUUGGCCUGCAAGGAUCUGCUGUGGAUCGGCACCAGUGCAGGGGUGGUCCUUACGCUGACGAUCCCAGCGGUGAGCUCAGGAACUGGGGCUGGGACACUGAAAUCUCCCCUGGCGCCGAUGGGCUCGGCUCACGGGCACACGGGCCACGUUCGCUUCCUGACAUCGAUCGAACUACCGGAAGGGUUUGACAUGAACUUCCCCCCUGCAACGGCUGACACAGGCAACCAAUCCCAGAGCGGCAGCACAGUUGACGGGAACCUCCAAAGGCGUGACUCUGCGCGUCGCCGAGCCUCCGCCCACAUCCCUCCAAAAACCAACCACCUAGUCAUUUCGGGCGGCGAUGGCUACGAGGACUUCAGACUGACCAACAGCAGUGAAACAGUCGGACGGGAUGACAGCACCAACCAUCUUUUGCUUUGGAGGGUGUGAGACGACCGUCCGCGGGUUGAACGACCAGCCCCAGCCUCCCUUUAGCUGAGAACGGCGCACAAGCCCCUUCCCCCCACCAGACUCCUCACUUUUUCGUGUUGUUGUUUUGGUCUUCAGCUCAGUCCUCCAGUCUCUAUGUGCAUAAUAUGGCUGUUAACUCUCUCCCGGACUAACUAAUGAAUAUGAUCACUUCAAACCCAGUUUUCUUGUGUUGAUGUGUCCGGUGGUGUGCGUUUUUCCUCACUGGGUGGCGUCUGUGCGUGUGUGUUUUUGUUUUUUGGCAUGUGCGAUCUAGAAAAGUGUUUGAAACUCAAGUCUUUACCGAAGGACACAGGAGGAGCCAGAGAACUUUGAUGGAUGGAUGUUUAGACUGAGAGCAAAUGAAGGAAAGAAGAGGACCUGGACUCUGCAGAAUGUCAUUGCACAGGAGGUUGAAAGAGGACAUUUAGGUGAACUGAGACAUAAGUGAAGCAUGUACUCGUCCUUUGACAUUUUCUGUUUUUUAUGGACUUGCACAUCAACCCUUUACUCCGUCAUCACUUCAUCUUUGCCUGAACUGCAGACGAAAUGCCUCCGGAUGAUCCAAGGCAAAUGUCAUAUAAACAUAUCUGAACAUCGAUGAGUGGAAACCAAGUAAAACGUACCAUGACAGACUGUAGUUUGAUGGAUCUUCUGAAUCCUGAAUUUGCGUUGAUUUCUGCAGCUCGAGUUUAAGCUUAGCAGAGAGGAAGUAUUUUGCUUUUUAAACCCAGCUUGCCAGGUCUGGACAACCCAAACGGCAGAUCUGAGAUCAGAUAUUUCUGGUCCCAGUAGAGCUGUAAUAAUAUCUACUCCAUGGUCAUUGCUUGUGAGACCGCUAAAACCGUCUUUUCCUCCUGCAGAGGGAGAGUGAAUAAGAGCGUCAUUGAAGUGCAAUAUGUGGCAAGCAGGUUAUCUAAUAAGACUAUAAACGCAUGCACGCAGUCACACACAUUAAUGCACAGCCCUCACCUGCUCAACCCGAAGACAUUUGUGAAAAACAAACGCGUGUUUUCCACAUUGCAUCUGAUUUUCUGAUUGAAAUUUUGCCGCCAGUUUAGGAUGAGCUGAACGUAGAUGACGCCCACUGCUGGAGUUGAGUAGAAAAAAGUGCAUUGGAGGCAUUCCUCCUUAACGUGACAAUGCCAAAGCCGUGUGUGUGUGUUCGAGUUUUGACGUUGAGGGAUCUGAACUGAUUUCCUUUGCCAUGAAAUUUCACUUUGUUGAGUGGAAAUCAGGAGUGAUGUGGCUGAUUUCUAUAGCAGACUCUUUAAAGAUGACGCUAGGCUGUGGUAGCAGAUAGCAGUAGUUAUGUACAGUAUUUAUGGUUUUGAUUUUUAGCGCCUUCUUUUACAGCACUUAAUUUAUAGAAGAUGUAGCUUUCACUUUUUUUUUUUCUUUUUGAGUCGAAGAACAAGGAGGCCCUGGUGUGAUUACCGGAAUAGAUAAAUGGGGAUAGUUGGGUUGGGGUAGACACAGGAGGGGUGUAACGAUACAGUUCACUUAUAAACAAUGCAGGGUUCGUGUUUCGGAGUGAAAUGAAGAGAAACAGAUGCAGAAAGGAGAGGCUCUUGAAAUGUUUUUUGUUUCUAGUGAUCUUUUUGCUGUUUGUGAUCAAAAGAGCCGAGCUGUCAAUCCCAAAAUUCAUGUUGUAUCCAAACACAGUCACUGCCUGUUUGGGUGCCAAAUGCUUAAGGUUUGCUUAAUUUCUCACUUAUUUUCCAGCUGCACAGUGCAUAUUAUGGCAUUUUUGUUCCAGGAAACAUGGCGCUAAGAGGUAUUGUUACACUCCGAAUGCACAAACACUGAUUUCAAGAUUGACUGUUGGACAACAAGAUGAAUGUCGUUUGUUUAUGAAAAAAGAGAGUGCACAAGAUACAGAGUAGGUCAGAAGGACAAAUGCUGAGCACCUGCACGUGCCUUCAGAAGGCUGAAAGUUAAGCCAUUCAACACACACGUACACACAGUGAAAAGUCAGCUCUCCCUCGUCCUGCGGCAGAUGUCUGGCGAAGCGGAGGGUGACUCUGACUUGUCCUUGCACACGCAGCCUCGGUCUUUGGGGUUAAGCAGUGAUUGUCUUUGAUCCCUCCAAGCCUAGAAAACCCUCAUUGCACUUUGCCAGCCAUCUGGGCGCUUCUCCUCAGAUUUCCCGCUUCCCAAAGGCAUCCACAUUAGGUUAACUCUCCCACUGUGAGAGCGGCUAACAGUUAAGAGGAUUGGUUGGUUGCUGCGAUAGCUCUUUGCCUCUGUACGCGUGAAGGCCUGUGUAAGUGUGCAUUCUCCACAAGUGCGCUGUUAUUCAGUUGACUAGUAUGAAAAGGAGCUUGUUUGUGGUUUUUCUGCCCACAGUUGAGUCUAAAUUUUGGUUAGUUAUGGUGGCCUGUGAAGAAUACAGCAGAGGAAAGUUUUAGCAAAUGGGCUAGUUUGGCACUUUGGGAUAUAAGCUCAAUUAGUUCAUGUCUGUACAGUCAAUAUUAAACUACAGCCAGUUAGCUUAGCUUAGCAGAAAGAAUGGAAACAGCUAUCCUGGCUCUAUCCAAAGGUACAAAGAAACAUCUGCCUAAAUUCUCUAAAGCUCACUAAUUAACACAUUAUAUCUGUAAGUACGGCAAGUUACAGCACCCAGUACCAACAGCCUGUAAAACUAAAAGUUUCCCCUUAUUUCCCAGUCUUUAUGCUAAGCUAAGCUAACCCAUUGCUGGCUGUAGCUUCACAUUUAACAAACAGACAUGGGAGCAGAAAAGUAAAGAUUCAUUCCCAGAAUGUCCAGUUAUUCCUUUAAGGUCCUCGAAUGUUAAGGUAGCACAUUUAAGUGUUUUUUAAUGUUCUGUGUGAUUCACAACAGAAUUAAUGUCUGUGUUCUCUGUGCCAAGAGCUGCCAAGUUACCCAUGAAAAUGCUGUAUAUCUAUGCUGGCUGUAGAGCAGCGGAGGGCUCCCUGCAGAAUGGAGAUAGUGAGUUUCCUGUGACAAAUUGAGGGUGUUUAGAGGAACAUCUGUGUGCUGGUACCCCCGCUUCUAAAACUCUGAGUUGGGCAGCAAAAAAAGCAUCACAGCCCAUUGAUGGUGGGUCCUCAGUUCAGUGAGUUUUUAGUUUAGCUCUGUGGCUUCUGUUUAAAGCAUAAUUACUCAAUGUCCUGGGCUGUUUGACGGCUACAUGCAUGAUUUCCUGAAACUGCCACCAUGGAGUCAAUAACAGCUGAUUCAGAAAGUUAGAUUUUCUUAGAAAUUUGAAAAAUAUUUGCCUUAAGAUGAUACUUUUCUGUUUCCUUGAUAGUCACAUGCAUAUUAAUGACAAUCAUAUCUCAGCAGUUACACUCUAGGUUUUGGACCCAGUGUGUUGACUUUAUUUUACAGACACACACUUAAACGCAUCUUAGAUAUGAAGUAAAACUAAAGGACUGAGAGAAUGAAGCAUGUUGUUCGCCAGUUAAUGAAACAAUAAAAAAUAAUUUUUCACCAUCAAACUCAUCCAAUCAUCACUGUAACUCUCAGCAACCUGUAAGUAGCCUCCUCAUGGCCGUAUGUGAAAGAAGUCUUUAUUGUUGUAAAUAUUGGUAUAUAUUGCCUUUUUUUUUCUGUAAAUAGUGCACCCACGGUCCUCAAUUGUUGAUAUGAAUCUAAUGGCAUAUUUUUAUAUAUUUGUGUAAGGUUUGUUUUUGUUUGUAUUUUUUUUUCUCCCCCCCUUGCUCUCUGGCAUGCGCUGUCAGUGAUGUUUAAAUUAUAACUGUCAUGGAUCUUUCCAGAAGAAGACAACAUGGCCUCUGUUGUUUCCAGGACGUCUCAAAGAGUGUUGAUGUUUUCACUGGUAGCCGUGUUCGCUCCAAAACGUACGUUUUGCCUCGUUAACCGACUUCGACGGGAAGGAAAUGAACGUGGGCGUUUCUGUGCUGCCACCUGGUCACAACUCUGUUUAUCUCCGAUCUUGCGGUUGUCAUGGUUACGGUCUAUCAGAGUUACUUCCUGUAUGUAGCUGUUCUUGUUUUUGUCACUGUGGGCUCCUCUUUGUAAUUAAAUCAGUUCACUGGU